UAUCUACUAAUUUCAAUCAAUGGCGGAAAGGAACGGCGAGGAAAAGUAGAAAACACUCUCACGCACUCGUACUCUUUCCUCUGCUCUCAACCUUCGAACAAAACGAUGUCAUCGGAUUCGUCAGCGCCUAAAUCAGUGACCGUUGAGGAAAUGGCGGCGGAGGAGGAUGCGGCAAUCGAGGAGCGGUACAGUCUCUACGAGGCGUACAACGAGCUACACGCUCUAGCGCAGGAGCUGGAGACGCCGUUCGAAGCUCCGGCGGUUCUCGUGGUGGGACAGCAGACCGACGGCAAGAGCGCGCUGGUUGAAGCACUCAUGGGGUUUCAGUUCAACCACGUGGGCGGCGGAACCAAGACUCGCCGCCCGAUUACUCUCCACAUGAAGUACGAUCCUCAGUGUCAGUUCCCUCUCUGCCAUCUCGGAUCCGACGACGAUCCUUCCGUCGCUCUCCCCAAAUCACUCUCGCAAAUUCAGGCGUAUAUUGAAGCGGAGAAUAUGAGGCUGGAGCAAGAGCCGUCACCGUUCUCUGCUAAGGAGAUUAUUGUGAAAGUUCAGUAUAAGUAUUGCCCCAACCUUACCAUCAUUGAUACACCUGGACUUAUUGCUCCUGCUCCAGGACUCAAAAACCGAGCUCUUCAGGUUCAAGCGCGAGCUGUAGAAGCUCUAGUCCGAGCAAAGAUGCAGCACAAGGAGUUUAUCAUUUUAUGCCUUGAAGAUAGCAGUGACUGGAGCAUUGCAACUACUCGAAGGAUAGUGAUGCAAGUGGAUCCUGAGCUUUCUAGGACAAUUGUUGUUUCCACAAAGCUUGACACCAAAAUCCCUCAGUUUUCAUGUUCAUCCGACGUGGAAGUUUUCCUCUCACCUCCUGCAAGCGCACUCGACAGCUCCUUACUUGGCGAUUCCCCUUUCUUCACGUCUGUGCCUUCUGGAAGAGUCGGCUAUGGACAUGAUUCAGUAUAUAAGUCCAAUGACGAAUUCAAACAGGCUGUGUCACUUAGAGAAAUUGAAGACAUUGCAUCUUUAGAGAAGAAGUUGGGCCGUGUGCUGACAAAGCAGGAAAAGAAUAGGAUUGGUGUCAGUAAACUGAGGUUGUUUCUCGAAGAACUACUCUGGAAGAGGUACAAAGAGAGUGUUCCGUUGAUCAUUCCCCUCUUAGGAAAGGAAUACCGCAGUACAGUCAGAAAGCUGGAUACCGUUAGCAAGGAACUUAGCUCUUUAGAUGAAGCAAAGCUCAAAGAAAGAGGCAGGACUUUCCAUGAUCUCUUCUUAACCAAGUUAUCUCUGUUACUGAAAGGAACAGUUGUGGCCCCUCCUGAUAAAUUUGGUGAAACAUUGCAAGAUGAAAGAACGCAAGGUGGAUCUUUUGUUGGUACUGAUGGUCUCCAGUUCCCACAUAAGCUAAUACCAAAUGCAGGGAUGCGUCUUUAUGGAGGUGCACAGUAUCAUCGUGCCAUGGCUGAGUUCCGUUUUCUAGUUGGUGCUAUUAAAUGUCCCCCAAUAACUCGGGAGGAAAUUGUAAACGCAUGUGGAGUGGAGGAUAUUCAUGAUGGAACAAACUAUUCCAGGACAGCUUGUGUUAUAGCAGUUGCAAAGGCUCGUGACACGUUUGAACCUUUCCUUCAUCAGUUAGGAGCCAGGCUGCUACACAUUCUUAAGAGAUUGCUUCCAAUUUCUGUAUAUCUUCUUCAGAAAGAAGGUGAAUACUUAAGUGGACAUGAGGUGUUUCUCAAGCGUGUUGCUUCAGCUUUCAACAGUUUUGUGGAGUCCACAGAAAAAUCAUGUCGUGACAAAUGUAUGGAGGAUUUAGCAAGUACAACUCGCUAUGUUACGUGGUCUCUUCACAACAAGAACCGAGCUGGUCUACGUCAAUUCCUGGACUCGUUUGGGGGAACAGAGCAAGUUGCUACAUCAGGUAAUCCCUUGGGUUUUAGUCUUCCCCAAGAUGCACCAGGCGGCACAACAGAUACAAAGGCAAGAUCAGAUGUAAAGCUAAGCCAACUCGCCUCGAACAUCGAUUCAGGUUCCAGUCUUCAGACAACAGAAACGCGGUUGGCUGAUCUUCUAGACAGCACGCUCUGGAACCGCAAGCUAGCUCCUUCCUCUGAGAGAAUUGUCUACGCAUUGGUCCAACAGAUAUUCCAAGGCAUACGAGAAUACUUUCUUGCCUCUGCUGAGUUAAAGUUCAACUGUUUUCUUCUGAUGCCUAUUGUGGAUAAGUUACCUGCUCUUCUUAGGGAAGAGUUGGAGAAUGCAUUUGAAGACGACCUCGAUAGUAUUUUCGACAUUACAAACCUCAGGCAAUCACUUGAUCAGAAGAAACGGAGCACGGAGAUUGAACUGAGAAGGAUAAAAAGGAUCAAAGAAAAAUUCAGAGUGAUGAAUGAGAAGCUGAACUCUCACGAGUUUGCUCAGAAUCUAGACCCGUCUUCGUUGCAGACUUGCAGCAGUGACUCAAAGUCAUCAUAAAUCUCACUGUUCAAUAUGUUUAUUUUCUUAAUUGUAGGUUAAGAAACAGUCCAAGAGUGUGUUUUCAUGAGGGAACAUCUUAUGCCUGCGAACUUUGGAUGUCCCAAAGAAAAAUCAAAAGUUGUCUUUACAAUUUGAAGCAAAUAUCAAUUAGUAGUCGUGUAAUACUAUGUAAUCAAAAUCCAAAACCAGAAGUUGAUAAAAAAAAAAAACAGUUACAGAAAAGCAUA